UUUCUCUCCAUAGGUCUUCUGAGAACAAGCCAUACAGUGGAGCCCAUGGAACAGUUAAAUCAGUCCCAAGUGUCAGAAUUCAUUUUGCUGGGACUGACCAGCUCCCGGGAUAUACAGUUUCUUCUCUUUGCACUCUUCUCAGUUCUCUAUGUGGUCACAGUUUUGGGUAACUUUCUUAUGGUUGCAGUAUUUUACAUCCCAAACCUGAACACCCCCAUGUACUUUCUCGUUGGGAACCUCUCCUUCAUGGAUAUGAUCCUUGCUUCUUUUGUCACCCCUAAGGUUAUUGUGAACUUGGUAAAAAAGCACAAGACUAUUUCCUUUGCUGAAUGCUUCACACAGAUCUUUUUCCUUCACUUAGUGGGUAGAGCUGAAAUGGUACUUUUGGUCUCCAUGGCGUAUGACAGAUAAGUGGCGAUUUGUAAGCCCCUACAUUACAUGACCAUCAUGAACAGGAAGGUGUGUGUCUUGCUGGUAGUGACCUCAUGGUUCUCUGGUCUUCUUCAUUCAGGGCUUCAGAUCCCCUUUGUGGUGAACUUGCCUUUCUGUGGCCCCAAUAUAGUGGACAGCAUUUUCUGUGAUCUCCCUCUGAUUACUAAACUCGCCUGCAAAGAUACUUAUAUUGGACAAAUAGUCAUUGUUGCCAACAGUGGGAUGAUCUCUCUGAGCUGUUUCAUUAUUUUACUCAUCUCCUAUAGUCUGAUCCUCAUCACCAUUAGGAGCCAGUCUUCUACCAGGAGGUGCAAAGCGCAUUCCACCUUGACUGCUCACAUCACAGUGGUGUUUCUCUUCUUUGGCCCAUGCAUCUUCAUCUAUAUGUGGCCCUUCAGCAACCACUCUGUGGAUAAGUUCCUUGCUGUAUUUUACACCAUUAUCACCCCUAUCUUGAACCCAAUUAUCUACACUCUGCGGAACAAAGAAAUGAAGAUGGCCAUGAAGAAACUCUGGAGUGAUUUUGUGAGCUUGAGGGAAGACACUUAG